AAACUAGAGUUUGAAGACUGUAGUGAAACAGUGAAAGUUCGGAGCGAAAGCGAAACGACGGGAGUGGCCCUUCACUCAACCUGGAAGCCAUGGAAGACUAUCUGCCAAAUGAAUAUGAUGUCGUCGUCGUAGGGACGGGUAUGACGGAGUCUAUUGUUGCAGCAGCUGCAAGUAGAAUUGGUAAAAAGGUCCUUCACCUAGACAGUGACGAAUAUUAUGGUGGCCUGUGGGCAACAUUUAAUUUCGAUGGUCUACAAAAGUGGAUAGAGGAUUUAAAAAUUUCCAAAAACAAUAUUAAGCAUCUAUCUGAAUUAAAUUUGGAACCCGAAGAGAAAUUUUUAAAAACUAGUAACGAAUAUUCAACUGUUGAAAAUAUUGAGGAAACUUGGUAUAUUUCAAAUGAUGCUGAUCUACCAGUGGUUUCCUCAAAAGAUACACAGACAGAUAGUACUGGAGAUGGUAAUUGCAGUGGUGAUGAGAAAGCAGAUGAUGGUAAAGUUGAAAAAAAAGAAAAUGUAAAACAAUGGAGUAUAGAUCGUAUAAGGAAAGAAUAUAGGAAGUUCAAUAUUGACUUAGCACCAAAGUUGUUAUUUGCACGAGGUGAACUGGUCGAGCUUUUGAUCUCCAGUAACAUUGCUCGUUAUGCGGAAUUUCGGGCAGUAUCCAGAGUAGCUACAUUCAUGGAUGAGAAACUGGUACAAGUACCUUGCUCAAGAGCUGAUGUAUUUGCAAAUAAAACUGUUAGUGUUGUUGAGAAAAGAAUGUUGAUGCAAUUGCUCACUUCGUGCAUGGAGCAAGGUGCUGAUAGUCCGGAAUUUGAUGGAUUCCGUGAUAAAACUUUUUUGGAGUAUUUAAACACGAAGAAUUUGACACCAAUUGUGCAGCAUUAUGUUGUUCAAGCAAUUGCUAUGGCUACUGAAAAGACUUCUUGUAGAGAUGGUGUGAAUCGCACAAAACAUUUCCUGAAUAGUCUUGGGAGAUAUGGAAAUACACCCUUCCUUUGGCCUAUGUAUGGUAGUGGUGAAUUACCUCAAUGUUUUUGCAGAUUAUGUGCAGUAUUUGGAGGAGUUUACUGUUUAAAACGGCAGCUUGAUGGUAUAGUAAUACAUAAGAAUAAAUGCAAAGCUAUCAUUAGUGGUAAACAAAGAAUAAGUUUGGAACAUUUGGUUGUUGGGCAAGGCCAUCUACCGCCAGAAGUUGUAGCUUCUGAAGGGGAUCAACGAAUAUCACGUGGAAUAUUCAUUACAGACAGGUCAAUUAUGCAAGGUGAAAAGGAAAAUUUGACACUUUUAUAUUAUCCUCCAGAGCAACUUGAUCAAGAACCUGUUACAUUGAUUGAAUUGGGACCAUCUACAAAUGCUUGUCCUCAGGGAUUGUUUAUGGUUCAUAUGACAUGUAAGCGAACAACAAAUGCAAAAGAAGACUUGGCCUAUGUUGUCAACAAAUUUUUAAAAGCUGAACCACUUGAUCCAUUAGCCAUUCGUUCAUCUAUUCAUAGCCAUACACAGACUGUUUCACCAGAUAAGAGACAUCUUCAGGAUGGUGAUGAAGAUGAUAGGGAAGAAUCUACGGAGAGUCCCAAACCUCAAGUUUUAUGGUCAUUGUACUUAAAUCUACCUGCAAGUGAUAUUAAAUUAAAUGAUUCCACACCCAGUAACCUUUAUCUGUGUUCAGGGCCAGAUUUAGAACUUGAUUUCGAUUUUGCAGUUAAUCAGGCGAAGAGCAUCUUUGAAUCCAUGUAUCCUGAUAAAGAUCUUCUUCCACGUGCACCUGAUCCAGAGGAGAUCGUACUUGAAGGAGAAGAAGCGCCUGGCCCGAAAUUUGAGGGAGAUACAGAGGCUGAAGAAAAACAAGAUGUCGAGAAAGCCGAAAAAGAGGAUUAAAUGAUCUUUUUUCGUCUUUUCAUCUUGAAAAUACGGGCCAGCUCCCUUAGCCGCACACCUCUUUCUAUCCAAAGUUACACGCGCCUUUUUCGUUUGAAAGUCGGAAAACUUUUAUUCGAAUAAUUGACGAACAAAUUUUUGCAUGCUUAAAUUGUCAGUUAUGUCCGUAAAUAGUGCUAGACAUUGUAUGAUACAAUCUUAAUCUAAAUAAUUAUUUAAAUUAAAGAUAAAAUUUAUUUAUUUUCAUAUAAUUAUUUAAAGUAUUGUUUAGCCUAGCACUCUUUGUAGACUAAACUGUUCUGGAAAACAUUUGUAUUUCUUUAAAUAAGUUUUAUUACUAAACAAGUUAAAAAUUGUUCGUGAAUUUUCGAAUAAAACUCCAAUCGACUGGCGCUCAAGUCUGCGUUACACUUGCUCUUUUAUUAAAUUACGGACCGAUCCGCCGAAAGCAUUAGUUUUUCUUUCUUUCUUUUCUGGUCAAACAGAAACAAUACUGGGUUUCGAGGAAGUGAAAUGUAGUUUUAUGAUAAUACAUAAGAGAGAUGUGGAAGAACUGAAACGAAGGAGAGUAUUUGUAAACUAAUUCUUCAUUAAA